AUGUUAUACCCCCGAGUCACGACAUGGGCUCUCCAAGUCCAAUUCCUCCUCCAAAUCAUCGUCAACCGAUGCGGCAUACUCCUCACCCAUACAAAGAAAGCCUACCGUCUCAAAAUCAUCAUCGGAGUUCUCAUCACUGCCGUCAAUAUCUCGGUCUACUGCAUAUGGAUUCCCGCCCGACUACAAAUAUCACAGCGCUACAUCCACAUCAACGAGUGGUGGGAUCGAUGCGAAAAAUGCAUAUACCUCAUCGUCGAUGGGUGCCUGAACCUCUACUUUAUACACAUCGUUCGCGUAAAUCUCAUUGUUCACGGCUUGACAAAGUACAAGAGGUUGACGCAUUUCAACAUGUUCAUCAUCGGGUUUUCGUUAAGCAUGGAUGUGCUCAUUAUCACCAUGAUGAGUUUAAGAAAUACUUUCGUAUAUAUGCAAUUUCACCCUCUGGCAUAUAUUGUAAAACUGCACAUCGAAAUGUCCAUGGCCGACCUCAUUGGCAAAAUCGCCCGCGACAAGCACUGCGGCCUCAUAGCAGAAGGCACAUUCUCAAGCACGAUUACCGAUGGGACGUAUCAUCUUGAACAACGGUUCACCGAGGACAGCCAAACAGUGCUUACGGUUCAACAAGACAUCGGUCAUAUUUCAAAACCCAGACGGAUGUUGCGGUCAUAUUCGACGCGUGCUGGGGAAUAUCAAAGGGAAUUACCAGAACCUUGA